AUGCAGAGCUUCAAGCACUACCUACAAGUCGUAUUCAACCCUCAGGUGGAGAGAGCCCACGACGAAGACGACACCAACGUCACUGACGGUGUCAAGGAGAUGGAGCACCUGAACAAAAUCUUCUCCAAGACGGAGUUGGUCUUUGCAUGGUGUUCACUCCUGUUAGUUUCUGUUUGCAUUGCUCUUGAAUCUCAGACUGUUAACGUCUACUCGACCUUCGCUACUUCACAUUUCAACGAGCUUUCUCUUCUUUCAGCACUGGCAGUUGUCAAGUCUGUCAUGUACACCGCCUCGCGACCCACUGUCGCCAAACUUGCAGAUGUUCUAGGUCGAUUUGAGGCUCUUGUUAUUUCUGUGGUGUUCUUCACAGUUGGGUUUAUCAUGUUAGCAGCCUGUCAGAACAUUGGAACAUAUUUUGCCGCUCAUAUCUUCUACGUCUCGGGCCAAGUAGGCAUCCAGUUCAUGGAGCAAGUGUUCGCGGCAGACACUUCAAGCCUUAAGAACCGAAUGUUCUUCGUUUCGCUUCCCAACUUUGCGUAUCUCUUCGCCCCAUGGAUCGCUGCUCCUAUUACAAACGCCAUCACCAAGCAUUCCACUUGGAGAUGGGGUUACGGAAUGUGGUGCAUUGUUAUGCCAGUUGUGGCCAUUCCUGUCUGUGGUAUCAUGCUACGGCUGAAGUUCAAGGCCCGAAGGCUGGGUCUCGAAUACGGAAAGUCGGUGCGAAACUUCAAAGAGACCAUGCGACAGUUUGACUUCAUCGGUUUGAUUCUCUUCACUGGAGGUCUGACUCUUUUGUUCUUAGCCGUCACACUUGCUACGGGUCCCAAGUCCUGGUCCCAGGCACACAUUCUUGCCAUGAUUGUCAUUGGACCUAUUCUCUUGGUGGUUUUCCCAUUCUGGGAAAUGGUUCCCAAGUACCCCUUCAUGCCCUUCUACAUCAUCAAGAACAGAACCAUGUUCACCUGCUGCUUCCUCAUCUGUUGCUACUCUAUUGCAUACUUCCUUUACGGAACCUAUUACAUGCCCUGGCUUAUGGUGUGUAAGAACUUGUCCGUCACUGCUGCCACCAACACUUCUGUAUGUUUUGUUGUCGCUUCCACUGUCUCCUCCUUUGUGGGAGCUGCCUACACAAAGCUCACAAACAAGGUCAAGCCAGUUGUUUGUGCUGGUGCAGCCAUCUACCUGCUUGGUCUCGGUCUGACAUACCACUACCGACAACCUCACCAUCAUCUUGGCCAGUUUAUCGUUGCCCAGUGUGUGGAGGGUGUAGGAUCGGGCAUGAUGCAGAUGCCCAUGCUUGUCAUGCUCCAGUCUGUGGUGUCCCAUAAGAAUGUGGUUUCUUCCACAGCCAUCUACCUGUCCAUCAUGACGGUUGGAACCAUUAUCGGGGAAGCUAUUGCCGGCUCUAUGUACCGACAAUCCUACCCCAAACAGCUGGCCAUUUUCGCCCCCUUCCUAACCCCUGCUCAGAACCAUCUGGUUGCAAACAACAUUGGAGCUGCUCUCAAAUACAAAUGGCAGACACCAGAGCGAAUGAUGAUUGUUACGGCCUUUAAUGACGUCUACCGACGAAUGCUAUACCCGCCUAUUAUUGUGGCUUCCUUCAUCUUCGUUGGAACCCUGACUCUUCCUGACGUCAAUGUCAGCCUGAUGGAUGAUGCCCAGAACAACACCGACGGUGAGAAUGCUAUGCCUCACAUCAAGGGAGACUCGGAAUCCGAGUCUAUGGACGAUGGCAUGGGCGUCCACCAUGAUUCUGAAGACAUCGAAGCCCUUGCAGGAACCACUUCCUCCGAGGAGGCCUCCUUCGGUGCUGAAGAAGAGAAAAAGAUCUAA